GCCGUGCGGCUCCGGUGCGGACAGCAAGGCGGCGGCAAGUAGGGGUUUGGGGGGGGGCGCCCCGCUAACGGAUGGGGGGGGAGGCGGCGGAGGGGGGGGGGCGCUGCGCAACCCGUGCGGGGCGGUGGGAUCGCCAUCACCCCGAGCAGCGUUUGAGCCCCGGUAACGGCGCGGGGUGUGACAGCCGCUGCCGGCGGGGGGGGCACUGCGGCUGCGGGUGUGCGCCGCCCUCGUGGGGUCUCCGGCGGUUUUUUGGCCGUUUUUGGCCGUUUUCUUGGCGGCAGGUGGGGCCGGGGGCUGCGGCACGAGGGGGGGGGCUGCGCCUCCUCCUCCUUCCCCCCCCCGCUGCCAUCUUCUGCAGCCGCUCUGCGCGGAGGGGCGGCGGGGAUGGAGGGGGGGCUGCGCUGAAACGGGGGGGAAAAAAGGGAAAAAGAAUGAAAAACGGAUUCAUUUUGGGGGGUCCGGGGGGGGGUCCGGCCGUGGGGUGCGCCCCAUCCCCGCCCACAUCCAUCCUAUGGGCGCCGGCUGCUCCCUGACAUCCCCCCCCCCAUAUCCCUUUUAUCCCCGUAUCUCCCGUUCGGAACGCUGAAGGCGUUUCCUUUGGCGGUUCGAUUUGUUCCCUUUAUGCUCCAUCAGAACCGCUCCCACCUUCGCGGAGGGCGUGAAAAUGCAUUUCCUUUAGGAACCAGAAAUCACCCAACCCGGUUACGCUUUGUUACCCCCCCUUUCCCCCCCCCCACUCCGUGAGAUGCCCGGGGGGGGGGGAAGGCGAGGUGUGGGCUGAGCCACCUGCAGCACAUGGAGCAUCCCGGGGGGUGAUGCACACCCGGUACGGGCAUUGGGUUUCCUCGUUGCCCUGCCCUGGGCUAAUGGUGUGCAGAGGAUGCUCGGCUGCUUCCCUCUGCGUGCCUGUAGGGGUGGAGGCUCGUAGCGGUUCUUUGGGAUGGAGCUGCAGCAUUUGGGGUUUGCUUUUGGAGCCGUGGGUUGGUGCUUUGGGGCUGUGCUCCGUGAGGUCCGAGUGCUGCAGGGUUGGGUCUUAGGGCAGCUCCGUCUCGAAGGCAGAGCUUAAAAUGAAAGCCCUCCAGUGCUGUGGGUCUGUCAUCUGGUGCAGCAGUGAGCAGACGCUGAGCCCUGGGAAACCUGGGCUCAAUCAGAUCUGCCUGUGUUAAUGAGUGAAAGUGCAAGGCGUGCUGGCUGUGGUUGGAAGCCCUGCCGCUCCAGCCCUGCUCUCGCUGCCCAGCAGCAGCUUCCAGCUGCACUCGGUGCAAGAGUGCCAUCCAUGCGAAGGUGGGAGGUGGGCUGCGGGGGGGGUGAGGGGCUGUUUGCUGUGCCCGGAAUGGGGCAGGUGGCACUGCGGAUCAGAUGGGGACUUUUGUUCUUCUUCACCAGCUGGGAUGAAGGCAGAAGCAACAGGAGCUCUGUGUGCCCCUUGGGAGCCCCCCAGGAGGGGAUGCAGGUGAUAAAUGGGGCUGCAAGCCUGGAGUAUGGGCUGGGCUCUGCACGUGCGAGGCAACAGUGUGGGCUUUUGUCUCUCCCUCCCUCAUUACUCACCCUUUUAAAAUACUGCCUGAAGUAAUGACGGUGCUAAUUUGGGCUUCCUCCCCUGCCUUGUUGCCUCCUGUGGCCCCGGGCAGCCUCGCUGCUCCGUUCCAUGCCCUCUGUGCUGAACAAACCUCGGCUCCACAGCACCCAGGUGGGACGAGCAGAUGUGGUUUUUGCCAUCCUGAGCAGCAGUGCUGCAGCUCUCCUCCUUUUCCUUCCUCAAAGCCCCGGGGAAGCAGCUCUGUGCUGCUUUUAGGAGACCACCCCUCCCUGGAUGAAAAUGAGGGCAGUGUGACACAGCUGCUGCCCUUUCCCUGCUGCUGGAUGCACUUAGGGACACCUGGUGCAGCUGUAAGGUGGGUGUCCUCUGGUGCCCCUCCGUCCCCUUUCAGAGCACCCUCUGUUUGCCCGUGCCUGCUGCAUCCUCACCCUCUCCCAUUUGGAUUUGCUCAGCCAGGAACCAGAGCAGAAAGCCACGUUUCAGACGCUUUGGAGGUGGCACCUCUGCCACUUCUUGGGACAGCCCAUCACAUCAGCACGGGGGUACCACACUGCCCCGAUGCUUCCAGCUGUGCUUGGCUGUGUGCCUGGCAUCACUGCUGGAGACCCUCAGGGUGCAGCAUUCAGCCUCCCACCCGCAUCCCUUUGGGUUUGCAGCGUGCUGGGGGGGGGUUGGAUGGGAGAGGUGCCUGGGAUGGCCGUUCCCUUGUUUCCCAAUAGCAAUGCUGUUGUGAAGCUUGAGGAGAGCUGCAGCUUUGGGUUUGUGUUUGAGCAGAGCGAGGGGAUUCUGCCAACCCUAUGCGCCACUGAGGCUCUGCCGUUGGGAGGGCUGCUAAUUUCUCUGUAGCAACCUAACAGCGCUCUGACACUCGAUGAACCGGUCGAGAGAGAAUCGGGGCGCUGCCUGCUGCCCAGCUCCGGUGUUUCCCACUCUGCUUUGCCUCGUGUGCUGCCCCGCAGCCAGGUGGAUGGGAGCACCUCCCCUGCUGCCCUCAGCGCUGCCGAUGUGCCGGGAGAAAGGCAGCAGCUCCCAGCGGAUCUCUUAAUUGCAUUGCAUUGAGAUGCCAUCUAGAUGGCUUUCUAGGUUUUUCUGCCCCUCCGGCAGUCCCUCCUCCCCCCUCAGGUUGAGCGUGGUGUUUGGGCUCAAGGCAGGCUGGCACCGUCCCUGGGGUUUGCAGGCACAGCCCUGCAGCAGCAGAACAUGCGGGUUGCUGGCAGGGCCCUGCCUGCCCGUGGAGACAGAAAAGAAAGGAGGAAACCGCAGGAGCUGGAUUGCUGAUCCAUGCCGAGCAACGCGGGGAUGUCCCCAUUCAGCUCACAGCGGUGCUGGAUGGAGCCAUGGGAUCCCACUCAGUGGCAGGCAGCCCUGCUGUGCCCUCACUGACUGCACUGCUGCCCGUUCUGUGCAGCCCUCCAUCCCAAGCGGGCUUUGCAGGCGGCCUUGGGGGUUUGGUGGGUGGAACGUUGUGGCCCUUGAGGAAGCCUCGUGCAGGAACAGGGAUCCUGAUGGGUGUGGAGGGAUCGAACGUGGCAGGGUGGGCCUCCGUGUGCGAGCUGGAGCUUUGUUUCACGUGGAUUUCAUCGGUGCUGAAGUCAGCUGCUGCCAAGCGAUGCUCCUCGAGCUGCUCAGGUCUAAGGGAGUCUCCUCUGGGAGCCUUGAGUCGGGGUCCGGCUCAGCGCCGUGCGUGUUCCUGCUGGCCUGGAGGUCUGCUUUUAUGGCACCAUCUUCAUUGCAAUAAGUGUUGGGGAUGCACUUCCAAAGCUGGGAGCGGAGAAGCUGGGGGUGUUCGGGGCAGUGGAAUUCUUCCCUGCAUUUCUCCUUGUGUCUGAUCCGGGCUUGGCUGAGGUCCUGCGUGCAUUGGCAUGGCUUUGCUGUGAAGGUGUGUCAGCUCUGCGGUCCGCAGGCAGCUCUGCUCCUUCUUUCCCUCUAAUGCUGCUCCCCGGGAGCUCUGCGGUGCAGAACACAUCUGGCCAGCUGUGCGCCUUGGCAGCUGAGCACAUCUGGCGAAGUGAAGGUGUCGGGCAGGGAGCAAAGCGCUGGGGAAGCGAUCCCUGCUGUAACGUGGGUGGGUGGGGAUGCUGAGCUCUCAGCAGGGAUGCGAUGAGAUGGGUGUGGAAUGGGGGUGAGGAGAGGGCCGGAGAGGUGAAAUGAAGUCAGCUGGGGGCUGAGGAGGGAUGCACGUCCUGGCCUCUCCUUUGAGCCCCGUGUAGCAGUAGCAGUGGGUGUGGGAGCCCCUGGAAGCCUUGAGGUGAUGGGCGGCACAUCUGUAUGGCUGUGCUGGGCUUCUGGAUGGCAGAACGGCCCUGUGCUGGUUUGCAGAACUGAAGGUGAGUGUGUGCGUGGUGCAUGAGGUCAGGGUGUUUGGGGGGGGCGUGUGUGCAGAAUGGGGCUCUCCCAGCAGCACAGGUAUCCCAGCAGGGCGAGCUGCUACAUCUGUCUCUUUCCAGCCCCUGCAGCUCAGGGCUGUGUCUCAGUGCAGCUGGCAGGAGGAGCCUUUGCUGUAAGAAUGCCUUUUCUCUGCAGUCAUACCCUGCCGUGGUGUGCUCAGAAGCAAAGCAAACAACACAGAGCUGCAGGUAGAGCUCACGUUCCGUUCUCAGUGCUGAGCCACCUCGUGUGCAAAGUGCUGACUGCCCUGGGCUGGUGCUGAGUGUUUUAUUACCCUUCCUCUGCACAUCCUGCAUGCAACGGGAUGAGCACUGCUGGGACUCGGUUACCUUUGUGGGGGAGGGCUGUGAUGGGGCUGGAUUGCACAGCUGUGUCGCACAGCUGCACGUGGUGUGAGUGAGCCCAGGGCUGGGAUUUAUCCAAAGGCAGAACCGCCUUUUGUGGUUCACUUUCUGCUCCUCCUGACUCUGAACUCAAGGGCAGCCUUUACCCCACUGAGUUGGGUGCUGUGAAGUUACCUCCUGGCGUGGCUUUCACCUGCUGCAUCCUCAGCGUGGCAGAGGUGCUGCCUGGAGGGGUUUGUAGCAGUGUGGCUUUUACCAAUGGGCUGAUCCAAAUUGGGCAGGGAGCUCCAUGCUGUGCCUUGGCUUUGCAUGGCAUGGUCAUGGGGAGCCUGGUGGGCACGAGGGAGUGCUAAAUGCUGCUGCUGGGUGCAGAGGGGAUCGAGUGAACGCUCCAGCCACACACAUGCACGCUGUCCCAUGGCCUUCUUCCCCAUCCAUCUUCCCUGUUCCUGUCCUGUUUCAGAUCUCAUGGGCAGAGCAGUGCUGCAGGAGCUGUGCUGGGCAUGCAGGAUUGCUCCCUUUGGAGCUGCAUCUGCAGCACUGCUGAGCUGCUGUCAGUGCACCUCGUUGGGUGAAGGCUUUGCAGCCUGCUUUGCAUGCAUUUUGCCUUUUCCCUCAUUCUUUGCUGGCUGAAUUACCUCCUCCCUCCCCUCCAGGCUAAGAGAGGAAGGGAGUUAUGAAUACUGUGUGAUGUGAAAGCACUUCUUAAUGCUUAAUCUCCCAAAUAUGUCAGUGCUUUUAUUGUGCCUAAUAAUAGGGUUUAUUGUCAUGGUUGUCUGAGGUCCCUGCUUGGCUCCGGAACGUAUUGCUUUGGUUAUUCUUGCUCAUGGAGGGCUUUUUGAUUCCCUGGGUCUGUGUGCUCCGUCAGCGUCCAGGAGCCUCUUGGUGCUUGUGGGAAGGUCUUCAUGGGAGCAUUUGGUGCUGUGGCUGCAGCAGCGUCUGUGCUUGGUUGCAAAGUGCCUUGGCUGCACUCAUUGGAGCAGCCUGGGUGUGAGAGAUGGGGAGAGCUGUGGGGUUGCAGCGCCUUUGCCUUGCUGCUGCGUGCUCUGAGCACCAGAGCAGCACCAGCACCUCCCAGCAGCUGCUCCUUGCCUUGGUAAGGUGUGACAAAGCACUGCUUGUGGCUCGAGGUGUGGCCAGAGCCUGUUGUGAUGCUCUGUGCUCGUGGGCUGCAAUAGGAAGCAGUAAGGCUGCAAUACGGGCAGCAUGGUUCCUUCCAGCCUUUGUGUCGGUGGUUGCAGGGAGGCUGUGACCUUACACAGCAUGAAUGGGUCCCCGGUAACCGGAGAGCAGGAGCAAUAUUAUUUUAGGCAAGAAGUGAGGCUGUCCUUCAUACCUAUCAUACGUGUGACAGCAGUGCUGCAUUUAGAGCUGAAAGGGGAGAAAACCCCGGAGGAGUUUGAUUGCACCUCAUUUAUUUUUAACAGAUGUAUGGGGAAGAUUGAGCCCAAAUUCCUCAGCUCGGGGCAGCCUUAAAUGUGGACAAUCCUGGCAGUUGAUCCCCGUGGAAAGGGAGCUGGGCACAGUGUGGGCUUCCAGCUCACUGCUGUGAGGGUCAGGUAACUUGGCUGCAAGAUGGCAGAACCACACCAGGAUAUCACCACCGUGGAGGAGCAGGAGAGGCAGCACGUCCCCUCAGGCUAUCCCCUUCAGAUUCCAGUCGAUGAUGGAUCGGAUGAGCCUGUUUCUGAAACAUCUGACGCUAAGAGCACCCCAACUACAGAAGAUGCCACAGCACCUUUAGUAGAGGAAGGAGACCAAGAGGAUCAGCACGGGGAGAUCCCAGAAGGAACCACAGCUGAAGAGGCGGGCAUAGGAGCCACCCCCAGCCUGGAGGACCACGCUGCAGGAGAUGCUGCUCAAGCUCCAGGGGAGCCCAGCUCUCCAAAGCUGCAGCCUGGCCCUAAGGAGCGCGUGGGAGACGUGAUUAAAGGGGGCGGCCAGCCCAUGGAGCAGCUAGCUGGCGUUCCUCGGGAGCCACAGGAAGCAAAGCCUGCAGCUGCAGCCCCCACCAGGAUUGAGGUCACUAUCCCAAUACCCCUGGAUAUGUACCAGGAUGUCAGACCAGCUGAGGACAGCAAUGAGCUGUGGGACCGUGGGGGCAGAGAAGGCAUUGGUGUGGAUCCGGCGCUGGGAAAGGAGUUGGGUGCUGUGUGCCCCGUGGGGCUGGCAGGAGCAGGGGGCUCCCAUGCCUCCCGUAGUGCAGAUGGGCCAACUCCUUUAUGUACUGGAGCCCCACGAGAAGAAGGCACCAGCAGAUGGGAAAGAGAUGAGCACCGUGAUAUGGAUGAAGCUUCUCAGCAGGGUUUGCUUGGCCUGGUGGGACAGAGUGUUUCUCCAGGACCCAAAGCAACCGAGGAAGCUCUUAAAGAAGGAGAAAGCAAGUCCAGAGGUGCCCUCGGAGACACAGAGAGAGAGGCACUCCUUGGUGAAUCCGAAGCACGUAAAGCAGAAGACCAAGGGGAGAGACAGCAGCUGCAGGGGGAGGAAUCAUACCCAGAUGUCACCUCAUCAGAGCCUUCUGAGACCCAAACUGAAGGGGCAGGAGGGGAUGCUGGACCCUUCGUGGAAGCAGCCAAACCCCCCGUUGGGUUAAAGGAUGGCGGGGAAGACAGAGAUGCUGCUGUGGAAGAGGCAGUGCUGGGUACAGGAGGGUGCCGGACGCCCAAGAAGAAGCCUGGUGCUGCAGAUAGAGCAGUCAGUCGUGUUCCUCUCCUGAAAGCUCGUAUUGAUAGCAAAGACAAGGAAGGGGCUGAAACUGAUGAAAAGAAACCGAAGAAAUCCUCACCCUGCACUGCCAAACCCCCAGGCGAUAGAGCCUCCAUCCCUCCCCACCGACACACCUCCUCUAGCACAGCCCCUCCGAAAUCUCCCUCCAGCCCUGCAUCCACCUCUAAACGAGUCACACCCCGACCCGCCAGUACGGGAACGCAUGAAACAAAGGCCAAGGGCCAGGAGAUGAGGGGUGGCACAAAGCCGGCCACGCCGCGCUCCGCAGCCGGGCAGGCACAGAGGAACUCCAGCAACGCCACCCGCAUCCCAGCAAAAACCCCCACGGCCCCCAAGACCCCUCCUGGCUCUGGCAGAAAGGAGCAGAAAAAACCACCGCCUGCAGCAGCGAAGCCUGAGAAAGGUGAGCAGCCCAAGUCUGGAGACAGAAGCGGUUACAGCAGUCCCGGCUCCCCCGGGACUCCAGGCAGCCGUUCCCGCACUCCUUCUCUGCCCACCCCACCAGCCAGGGAGCCCAAGAAGGUGGCAGUGGUUCGCACGCCGCCGAAAUCGCCCGCGUCCGCCAAGAGCCGCGUGCAGCCCUCAGCAGCUCCCAUGCCCGACCUGAAGAACGUCAAGUCCAAAAUCGGCUCCACCGAAAACCUGAAGCACCAGCCUGGAGGAGGCAAGGUGCAGAUUAUUAAUAAGAAGCUGGACUUUAGCAGCGUUCAAUCCAAGUGUGGCUCAAAGGAUAAUAUCAAACACAUCCCGGGAGGAGGCAGUGUGCAGAUUGUUAAUCAGAAGUUGGACUUUAGCAGCGUUCAAUCCAGGUGUGGCUCAAAGGAUAAUAUCAAACACAUCCCGGGAGGAGGCAGUGUUCAAAUCGUUUACAAGCCGGUGGAUCUGAGCCACGUGACAUCCAAAUGCGGCUCCCUGGGCAACAUCCAUCACAAACCAGGUGGUGGCCAAGUGGAGGUGAAAUCCGAGAAACUGGACUUCAAAGAUAAGGUGCAAUCUAAAAUUGGGUCCUUAGAUAACAUCAGCCACGUGCCCGGAGGAGGAAAUAAAAAGAUCGAGACUCAUAAGCUGACUUUCCGUGAGAACGCCAAAGCCAAAACCGACCACGGCGCCGAAAUCGUCUACAAAUCCCCCACCAUCUCCGGAGACGCCUCUCCGCGCCGCCUUAGCAACGUCUCCUCCACCGGCAGCAUCAACAUGGUGGACUCCCCGCAGCUCGCCACGUUAGCCGACGAAGUGUCCGCCUCGCUGGCCAAGCAGGGCUUGUGAUGGGGCGCAGCAUCGCCGCGGGAGAGAGAGAGAGAGAGAGAGAGAAUGAGGGGGGAAAAGAAAAAAAGAAACGAGACGAAAAAGAAAGAAACAAACGCAAAUAAUCGAUCAUAAUCCGGCCUUCUUCCUCUGUUCCUUUUACAGCCGCUUCCCCACCCCCUACUCGGUUCACCAUUUAACCCGCUUUUACUGUUCAUUCAGCUCUAGCUCCAGGACUUCCAAAUCAGUGACACUUUGAGGUACAGAACCUCCUCUCCCCCCGUCCCGCCCCCCAUCCCCGCAGGGCAGCGGGCACAGCAGACCCCCACCCUGCAGAGCCUCACUGCUCUGCCUGGGACCCCCCCCGGCCCCCCCCCCAUCCCCCCCGCCUCCCGUUUGCCUGCUGAUUCGGAAGAAACCUUUUGUUUUGGCCUCUGAGAGCCGAGAUGCGCACGGAGCAAAGUGAGAACCGCCGCGCUGUGCGCCCACGCGGGCGGCAGCAGUGGGGUUCCCCUCCGUGGCUGUGCUGAGCGGAUGAAUUGAGGCUUUCCCCCUUUCCCCUCGGCAGCCCCUCGUGUCGUAGAGUAGAUUUGUCUGUAUAUGCUUGGACUGUGCCAGGGUGGUUGUUUUCAUAAACGAGCAUGUGUUUAAUUGAUGCUGUCAGUGAGUAGUUGGCGCUGCGCCGGGACGGCACCCGGAGGUGGGCGCAGCGGUGACACCCGGGGGUUGUGAUGGCUUUUUGCUUUUGGUUUUGGUUGGUUUUGUUUCUUUUCCUUCCUUGCAAGGUCAGCUCACAGCUCACAGAAGCGGCAGCUCCGCGGAGGGAGGAGGAGGAGGAGGAGGAGGAGGAGAGGAAGGUGCAGUGGCGGUGGUGGUGGUGGUGGUGGUGGUGGCCAUCCCGGCGCUGAGCGCGGUGCCCUCCUGGGCUGCAGCACCCCAUGGCACCCCAUGGCACCCCAUGGCACCCCACAGCACUGCAUGCAUCCCCUGCCCCCAGCACCACACAGAACCCCUCUGUUCUUUCACUGCUGUUGUUCCCGUGGCAAUGGGGGUUUGGGGGGGGGGGGGGGUUUGGGGCAGUGCUGCACCCAUAGCCGCCCCUCCGCCCGUCCCUUCACCAACCAAAGAGGCCGAGGUGCUGCUGGAGCAGCUCCACACCGCCCGUCUCACCCCACAGCCCCAGGAGCUGCUGCUGGGGGGGGGGGGAACACAUCCAUAGGGGUGCACUGAGGGCUGUGCAGCGCUGGGGGCUGAGCGGGCAUUGGGGUGCUGGGGGGGCUGCGGGUGCUCGGGCCGAGCAGGUGAUGGAUGGAGCCCUCACCCCCCUUCUGUGGGUGCUGCUGGGGCCACAGCGAGGCCUGGGGUGGGAUGGGGGGAGGGGUGGGGGGGGCUGUGUGGUGUUGGGGUGAGGGCCGGGGGCUCCCAUUUGUGGGGUGCGUCAUGGAGGGGUCACAGCGGUGCUGGAAGGCAGAGCCCCCACAGCCCCCUCCCCCUCAGCUGGGGGGCUCCCAGCAGCAGCAGCCUCACACACCGACCCACACACACACACCGAACCCCCACCCCCACCCCGACCCCCUUCCCCUCCCCACAUCUCGGGCUCAUGAGGGUCCAAACCCACACGGGGACCCUCCGGCUGCAGCCCCACAACCCCCAGGCGGGGGAGGAAGGGGGGGGGAGGGGUGGGGUGGGGGGGUUGGGGUGGGUGGGUGGGUUUGGGGGUGGGGGGGGGGAGGUCUGAUCUCAGUGUAUCAUUCUAGCUUAGCUGCCUGUCUGUGGUGUCCAUUGGUGUUCUGUGCGUUUCACAACUGGUUGGUUGACACUGUUGCCGUAAAAGUGAAUUUGGAAAUAAAACCCCAAACCCCAUAACUGA